AUGGAGGAGAGCAAGCGCCAUGCACGUCCAGCAAAGCUCUUCACCGACACCAGCGGCAGUCAUCACAGUGUUUCCACACCAAACUCGCAUAGCAACAGACACACAGAACAUACGUCGUUUUCUCCAGAAGUUGUAGAACAUACGUCGUUUUCUCCAGAAGUCGUAGAUGAAGUCUUUGAUAAUGAUUCAGAUGAACAUGAAAAUGUUACUUUGAACUUCAAACCCAAUGCAGAAGAUUUCAAAGAAACAACAUUUGAGCCGUUUCCACCAACAAGCACAGCUACAGAACUGGAGUUGCCAUGGAAACGACUCUUGUCACAGGAGCCAAUCCCGUCAUCAUCACAUCUGUCAGCGUGCGAGGAGCCAUUGCCAGCUGAGGCCCCUACCUGGGUAAACAAUCUGUCAUAUAAUCACCUGCUGGCAUCGGGGUCACCUUAUGCCUCACCUGAGGUAACAGUUAUCCCCAUUACUAAGGAAACCAAGGUGCCUGUGUAUGCGGUAUUCCCUCCAGCUCCGUGUAAUGAAGGCAGUGGCUUGAUGCCUCCACCUUGGUCCACUCACAGUGAGUGUUCACAAGAGGACGAUGCACCUCUCACUUCAGUCAAUACGUGUCACCCAGGUGACAAAAGUAACAAUUACUUAUUGUCAAAUCAUACAUCUCCUCCUCCCUCCCAUCACAUCAUAAUUCCCACCAUACACCACCUGGACGGCUCCGUAUCGCGGGGUCAGGUCUGUGAGGAAGGGGAUAACAAACCCCUCCGCUCUUUGCCAGGGUCAGCCUCUGCACCUGACCUUCCCAAACACUGGACACACUUUAACCCCAAAGGUAGACUACACUCUGAGUCUGUGUUGGAGGAGGCCAAGCUCCAGGAACAGCUUCAAAGUCGUGUUCAGGAAUGGCUGUGUACGAACAAUUCAAACAACGAUGGUAUCAUCAUCAAUCUUAUUGGUCAUGGCACCCCAGACAUUGUCAGCGACAAUGAUGCAGAUGAUGAGAGCGAUGAUAAGGAAGAUGACAACGAAUUAGAGAGCAGUCAUUUAUAACAGUAGUAAACAGUAGGAGCAUCCUAAUGUGCCUGAUACUGAUGCUGAGGAAGCAGCUGACCUGAUGUUUUAACUUCCGCACACACCAGACUUAUCUGGUUAAAGGUUUUAUCCACAUAGAUUCCCGAAAAGUUCAUGGGGAACAUUCCAACGACAUGCAAACAAGUUCCUUAAUGAGAUGUGGUUAAAGUGGUCAUGAAUUCCUUUAUGUGUUUUAAUAGUGAUUAAUGUCUUAAUGGCAUACUGAUAGUAAGCCACCAGGUGCUGUGUCAAGCUUCACAAAUUAAUUAUGCAUUAAAAUCACUUGUAGAGACAACUCUUUAUCCUCCUCAAAAUCAUUAAUUGAAUCAAGUGUGUAUACUCAUUAAAAUCAGUUGAAUUUCUUAAUUGAAUCAAGUGUAUAUACUCAUUAAAAUCAGUUGAAUUCCUCAUUAAAUCAAGUGUAUUUCCUCAUUAAAUCAAGUGUGUAUACUCAUUAAAAUCAGUUGCUUUUCUUAAUUGAAUCAAGUGUAUUUCAUCAUUAAAUCAGUGUAUACACUCAUUAAAAUCAGUUGAAUUUCUUAAUUGAAUCAAUUGUGUAUAGUCAUUAAAAUCAGUUGAAUUUCUUAAUUGAAUCAAGUGUAUAUACUCAUUAAAAUCAGUUGAAUUUCUUAAUUGAAUCAAGUGUAUAUACUCAUCAAAAUCAGUUGAAUUUCCUCAUUGAAUUAAAUACAUACACUCAUUAAAAUCAGUUGAAUUUCCCCAUUGAAUCAAGUGUAUAUACAUACUCAUUAAAAUCAGUUGAUAUUCCUCAUUGAAUCAAGUACAUACACUCAUUAAAAUCAGUUGAAUUUCCUCAUUGAAUAAAGUGUACUGUAUACACUCAUUAAAACCAGUUGAAUUCCUCAUUGAAUCAAGUGUAUAUACUCAUCAAAAUCAGUUGAAUAUCCUCAUUGAAUCAAGUGUACAGUAUAUACUCAUUAAAAUUGUAUUUCCUCCAAAUCAGUUGUAUAUAUGUGAAUGUACUUAUUGAAAUCAAUUGUACAUUGUUGUCAAAACAAAUAAGCUGUGUUUGUUCAUACUAAUAGUCUUAGGACAACAUGGAUAACGUUUCACACAUAUUUUGACCAUUUUCAAGAAGGAAUGAUUUGAAAUUUAAUGUAUUAAUAACAUAAUGAAGUUUGACACAGCUGGACACUGGUGUGCUGGUGUAUAUAUAUAUAUAUAGUACAUAUGUAUUUAUAAACAUGUGAUAUUUGACCUUGUUUUUAAGUCCUACACAACAUACAUGGAUAUACUUGUAAUGUGAACUUUGAGUAAGUUGAAUCUCCAAGUGUAUGUAUGUUGUCCAUGUUGACAGGAAUGUGUGACAGGUGUUUACAGCCUGCUUUAUAUUUAAUAUACACGUAUUUAUUGUGAUAUGAACACGUGUUCAGUAUUAUCAACUUCACCUUUAUCAUUAGUAUUAAAUUUAUAUUUCAAUACAAAAUUACAAAACUGGCCAAUUUGAGUAGAUCUGUAUAAAAAUUACUAGUCAUGUUCGGUGGUUAAAUCCACCUCCUAUUUAUAAUUUCAUAAUCUGUCGCCAUGACUUCAAUAUGAUAAACACUAUUUAUUUAAAAAAAAAAAAAUAUGCCAGUUCUUUGCCAGGAUUCCUUUUUUUCUUGUUGGUAAUACUAGCCCUUGACUCCUGUGGAGACAUAUAUGCUUUUUUUGUAGGAUGUGACCAUGUGAGUGAUAACUCGCUUCGUAUUGGUGUAAUAUAACGAAAGUGUUCCAGAACACUUCGUAUUGGUGUAAUAUAACGAAAGUGUUCCAGAACACUUCGUAUUGGUGUAAUAUAAUGAAAGUGUUCAAGAAUUUUGUUCUUCAGUGUCUCCUAGUUUCUCUUUGGUAUAAGUAUUGGUGUUGAAACACCAGUGUUAGAUAUAUGUUUAGAUUGUUCUGGUUAUAACUAGAUCUACAUUACUAGUCAAAGCUGUCUUACACGAGGUUUGUACCAAAGAUGAUGAUAAUUAUAUAUAUGGAAGCUUUACAAUCAGGGUGUAUUUACCAAUGUGACACCUUAUUUUUUACUGUCAGCUGAUUAAUCCCCGGUAAUUUUACUUUCAUCUGUACACCACUGUACGCCUUCCUAGUAUUUCACUAAAAUGUUGCCUUUUGUCUUUCAAAUGUAUUUGUCCUUUGCUAGAAUUGUCACUCAUAUAUCAGUUUGAUAAAUUGAAGAAAAACAAUUUGACCCCUGAUUGACACUUUAUCAAAUAUGCCGUCUUUAAGUCUUCAUCUCGAUAUGUAACAGAGGUGAUUAUUGAUUGUAUUUAUUUUGAUGGCUCUUAUCACAGGGGCUUGACACAUUCCUUUCCCAUAAAAUUAAAUAUUUACCCUCGGGAUCCAUCCCCCAGAUCACUUAUAAUUGAACAUUAACACAACUGACUGAAGUUUUCAAUCAUAAGUGAUCUGGAAGUCUGAACAUUGGGUUCAACAUUUAAUUCUGCGUCAUAGAAAGGUGUCAAACCCCUGUGGUUCUGAUAGGGAUAGCACCUGAGAGUUUUUUGCUCAACCUAUCGACAUAAAGAGUAAAGAGACAUUCUCUCUAGUUGUACAUUAAUUAUGGUUAGUGUUACAAAGAGGAGCAAAAUAGAUGGUUGUCUUUUGUUUAAAGGCUUCAUUGUUGUCACUGGAUGGCAGGACACAUAUCAGUUAGGGAGUUAACACUGUUACACCUGUAACAAAUUAUAUAGGUUACCUGUAAUAGUGUAUUUAGUAACCCUCAGCUUCGGCAGGAGUUAACAAUGUUACACCUGUGACAAAUCUAAUGUAGGUUACCUGUAUGUUACAUGGUGGAGUUAACACUGUUACAUCUGUGAUAAAUUAUAUAGGUCACCUAUAGUAGUUAACACUGUUACACCUGUGACAAAUCUACUGUAGGUUACCUGUAGGAGUUAACACUGUUACACCUGUGACAAAUCUACUGUAGGUUACCUGUAGGAGUUAACACUGUUACACCUGUGACAAAUCUACUGUAGGUUACCUGUAGGAGUUAACACUGUUACACCUGUGACAAAUCUUCUGUAGGUUACCUGUAGGAGUUAACACUGUUACACCUGUGACAAAUCUACUGUAGGUUACCUGUAGGAGUUAACACUGUUACACCUGUGACAAAUCUACUGUAGGUUACCUGUAGGAGUUAAUACUAUUACACCUGUGACAAAUCUACUGUAGGUUACCUGUAGGAGUUAAUACUGUUACACCUGUGACAAAUCUUCUGUAGGUUACCUGUAGGAGUUAACACUGUUACACCUGUGACAAAUCUUCUGUAGGUUACCUGUAGUAGUUAAUACUAUUACACAUGUGACAAAUGAUAUAGGUUACCUGUAUGAGUUAACACUGUUACACCUGUGACUAAUCUACUGUAGGUUACCUGUAGGAGUUAACACUGUUACACCUGUGACAAAUCUACUGUAGGUUACCUGUAGGAGUUAACACUGUUACACCUGUGACAAAUCUUCUGUAGGUUACUUGUAUAGUAUUAUUUGUAAUGAGUGAUUGUAUAUAUACAAAGUGGUUAGGUGUGUGUACCUUACAGCUGUGCUAUUUUUUAUGUAUGAUAUACAUGAUGUACGUAUACUUUACUGGUUAAUUAACAUAGUCACGCUUUCUGAAAUCUUUAAUAUAAUUUUAAUACUUGUUAUUGUGUUUAUAUUAACUAGUCGCUCUUAAACUUCAUUAUAAUAUUACAAUCUAUAUUUGGCUGUAGGUGAAUUCUUACUAUGAUAUACAGAUAUUAUACAUGAUAUAUUGAUAUACACGUAUAAACCUUCACCAUAUAUGUCGAGAGAUAAUAUACAUUAUAUUACGAUAUUUAUUCAGAUAUGACUGUAUGUUAUUAUGUAUAUUAAGAAACUAUUAUUAAGAUUAAUUGUUAAGACACAUUAAAACGUCACUAAAAUUAUGCAGAAUGAUGUGUUUUAGAAAUAUGACUUUUAACUAAUGUCCAUAUCAGCAGACUAAUACUGUAAUAAUGUUUAAUGUUUUAGCCUUCACUUAAUGUUAAAUGUCUUAAUUGUUCAAGUAUUUUAUCAUUUUUUAAUAUCUUAUCUGUUCCGAUUUUUUAUCAAUGUUUAAACUGUUUUGUAUUUUUUGUCUUUGAUAUUCAUGGCUGUCUUACUAGUAGUUUCUGAAAACAUGUCACAUUUCAUGAUGUAUAUAACUAUUGGAAACCUUUUUCUGUCCUACGCUACCCUCCAUUACACCAUGAGGCUGUCUUACACCGCCCUCCACUACACCAUGAGGCUGUGUACCACUGCCCUCCACUACACCAUGAGGCUGUCUUACACUGCCCUCCACUACACCAUGAGGCUGUCUUACACCGCCCUCCACUACACCAUGAGGCUGUGUACCACUGCCCUCCACUACACCAUGAGGCUGUCUUACACCGCCCUCCACUACACCAUGAGGCUGUCUUACACUGCCCUCCACUACACCUCAGGCAGUGGUCCAUUGCCUUCCACUACACCAUGAAAGUUUCUUCACUAGAAUAUACACAUUGUAAUACUAUAAGGGAAUGUGAGGAAGUCCAUGACAUCUAAUGAUAGUCUGUGAUUAAUGAAGCCCUGAAGUUCUCCCCACACUUUUGUACUUUUACCAUACCUUUGAAAUCUCCCGUUGUGGAUCUGAAUAUCCUGUUUAAUUAGAAGUCUCUAGUGGAAAAUUGGAGAUAAUUCUAUAGAACUUUAAACUAUGGUUUAUCUUUUAACUUGGGUAAAUAACGGGUUGUAUGAAUAAUAAUGCUAGGCAACAAAAAUGAUUGCAUGGAAUUAAAAUAACAAACAUU